CUCAUCGCCAUCCAUUCGCCAUCCACUUCCAAUUUUGUUUGUUUGUGACAAGUGGCGAUUGAUCAAAUUACGCUGUACAUUCCAUCAGAGCUGAUUAAUAUUGUUUGAAGCAAACAUUGAUUGGAUCUCUUUACAGGUCAACAAUUUGUUCAGUAAAUCUUCCCAAACGCCAAACGAUGAAUGCUGAUUCUACUCCGACACAUGAUCAAGCAGGCCAACCUCCUGCUCCCGCUUCGACUACAAAUGGAUCAGCACCACCAGUAAAUGGUCCAAUUGGCGGUCCUUUACCUCCAGCAUUCACGCCUCUAAAACCGCAUUUACCUCCACCAGAAGUUUCAGCCGUACGUGAAGAGGAACCUUCGCAUCCAGCCACUGCACAUCAAAUUCCUCAAGAUGAUCCUGCAACAGCUUCCGCUGCUCAAGCAGUCGUCACUUCAGAAAAUAUGACCAAUGGACAGGAUCGAGUGGAAGAGUCAAAACCGGUUGAUAUGCAGCCAGUCCAAGCGCAGCCAGUUGAGACGCAAUCGAUUGACUCGCAAACUACUGCAGCUCCAAGUGCACCUGGUACUCAGAAUCCAUACAACGCAAGUGAAGAAACAGCAAUUAAAGCUGAAGCACCUAUUCCUCAGAGUGAGCCUGUCGCUAAAGACGAAGAUGUGGAGAUGAAAGACGAAAAGCCAAAUGGAAUCGCACCAACAGCUCCAGAACCUGCUCCAUCCCCAUCUCCAGCACCCAUCCAAGCACAAGCAGCGCCUCAACCACCUGCACCUGUCGCAGAACAGCCAGUGUCUGCGAACACGAAUGCUGUGGAGAUGAAAGAUGAAAAGCCAAAUGGAAUCACUCCAACAGCACCUGCUCCAGCCCCAAUCUCGACCUCAGCAGCUCCACAAUCAUCGGCAACCCCAGAAACUUCUGAUUCGCGUCGAGCUUCUACCGCUGUCGUAGCAGAGGAUGGCUCACUCCCACCUUUGGCAGGACCAGAUUCGACGGAGAUGAGUGGUGCUCAAAUAAGAGCUUGCCAGAAUGCGAUCAAAGGAUUGAAGGGAAGAAAUGAUUCAGGUCUAUUCCAUGCACCCGUUGAUCCAAUUGCUGCUGGUGUUCCCCACUACUUUACCAUCAUCAAAACUCCGAUGGAUCUUGGAACGGUUGAUUAUAAAUUGGCAUUCACAGCUGCAGCCCAGAAAGGAGGCAAUAAACACACAGAAAAGACCAAGAUGGGUGUAAAGAUGGGACUAAAUCCAUUGACGGAUGUAUACAAGACAUUGGAAGAUGUUGAAAAGGAUGUCAAGCUCAUCUUUUCAAAUUGUAUCCUAUUCAACGGUCCCGAGCAUCCUCUAUCGAAAACAGCAGAAUUGCUGGAUGGCGUUUUCGAUAAACAGAUGAAGUCAAUCAUUGCUAACGUAAACGAUGACAAUGGAGCUGAAGCAAGUGCAGCAGCAUUGGCAGUAGCUCGCAGACCAUCAGAAGGAGUGGCAGCAGCAAGACCAAAGCGAGACAUCCACCCACCUCCACCCAAAGAUCUGCCGUAUGCUGAUCGACCUCAAUCGGCUAGUGGCUCUUUGGUGAAACGGAAAAAGUCAAGAGGAAAGAUGUCAUCACGCGAGAUUGCCUUUUACGAAAAGUUGGAUAAAGAUCAGCUAAAGUAUGCAGCCAAGGUGAUUGAUGAUUUCCACAAAGAGCCAGUGGCAUCACAAUGUGCCUGGGUCUUCUUUGAGAAGCCAGCGAUGAAUCUGGAUUUCGCUCAAGCCUAUUAUAACACGAUCAAGAACCCAAUUUCGCUCAAAGAGAUUCGUCAGCGAAUCACUUCGGGCGAAUACGAGGAUAUUGAUGGACCAAACAAUGAUAUGAAGCUGAUGUUCGACAAUUGCUUCACUUUCAAUGAGAAGGCAUCGGAAGUGUACGUCAUGGGUGAUAAAUUGAGAAGUCUCUGGGAGGAUAAGAUGGCCAAGAUGCCGAGACCCAAUCCGCCUGUGGUUGACGACGACGAAGAUGAAGAUGCAGAGGAUGAUGAUGAAUUUGAGGAAGAAGAUCCAGAGACACGAAUGUUUGAAAUUCGUGAAGAGAUUGCAACUUUACAGAAAGAGCUGGAACGCUUGAGCGGCAAAGCGAAGCAAGCCAAGCAAAAAGCAUCGAAGAAACGCAGACCGUCUGAAAGUGCAGGCUCAAAGAAAGCACCUGCAGCAAAGAAGGCCAAAUCGUCCGGGUCGGUAGAAGCCAAAAAGAGUACAGGAGUCAAGAAGGCCGGAGGCGGUGGCGGAAGACGUGAUGAAGAAGUACGCGAAGUCACGUACGAACAAAAGGAAGAAUUGGCAGCCAAGAUUACCCAAUUACCUGAUGAUCGUUUGGAUGGUGCAUUGAAGAUUAUUGCAGAAGAUAAGCCACCAAAUGCAAACGAUGAUGAAGAAAUCGAAUUGGACAUUGAUGAUUUAAGUCCAAGUACGCUUUAUAAGUUGUACCGAUAUGUCGUUCGACCAAAAGGCAAAAAGGUUACCACCAGCAAGUUGUCUUCUUCCGAUGGACGCAAACGUGGAACUGGAGGUGUGAAGAGAAAGAAUCUGGAUGAAGAAGAAGAAGCGGCGAGAAUUGCAAGAUUACAAGCCCAAUUGAAUCAAUUCGACAAUCCCGAUAUGAGCACUUCUUCGACUUCUGCGCCUAAGCCUGCUACCAAAGCUGCUGGACAUGAUGAUCUUGUAGCCUCUGAUAGUUCGUCAGGAGAAGAAGAUUAUGAGAGUGAAAGCGACUAUGAAUAAAUACAGUGAUAUACAUAUAUAAAAGUCAUACAAAAUUUGUACAAAAUUGGCCUCGUGCGUUUAUUGCACGUAGCAAAAAAAGUUCUGUUUCCGUAAUCUUCAAUGUGUAACCGAUACUUUUCCUUUGUUUUAAAAAAUCGUCCUUUUUUUCUUCUUGGCCAUCUUGAAAUCUGCAUGCAAUGUGAUAUUAAAGCAAAUGCAAUGCAUGGAGC